AUGACGAUCCCACAAAGAAGUUUGCUCAAAAUAAUCCUCCUCGGCGAUAGCGGGGUGGGAAAGACAUCUUUGAUGAAUCAAUAUGCUUACAAAGUAUUUCGAAAACAGUACAAAACAACGAUUGGUGCUGAUUUUAUCACCAAAGAAUUAGUGAUCGAUGACAAACUGGUCACUUUACAAAUAUGGGAUACAGCAGGCCAAGAAAGGUUUCAAAGCCUAGGAGUUGCAUUUUAUAGAGGGGCAGAUUGCUGCACUCUUGUGUAUGAUGUUAAUGUACAAAAAUCAUUUGAAACACUUCAAAAUUGGCAUGAUGGAUUUCUCAAACAGGUCCACCCUGCAAACCCUGAGAAUUUCCCCUUUGUACUGAUUGGGAACAAGGUGGACGUCGAUGGAGGAAACAGUCGCGUGGUCUCUGAGAAAACAGCUAGAGAAUGGUGUACGUCCAAGGGAAACAUACCCUACUUUGAAACCUCAGCUAAAGAAGAUUACAAUGUAGAUGCUGCAUUUUUGUGUGUUGCUGAAACUGCACUUUCCAGUGAGCCAGUAAACAUUUGGGAGAUGGAUGAAGAGAUGCCAUCCCAUUGUGAUCUCCAAGAAUCCAUUUCUGGAACUGAGCACAGAGGAGGCUGUGCAUGCUGA